AUGUCGACGAGUAUCAUGUGCAAACAAAUGAUUAAACCUUUGUUGAACAUUACCUCUGGUGGUGUCGGAGGAACCCUAAACCUACAACUCCUCCGAGCUCAAAAGCCGAAAGAGAAGGUGGUGGUUAUCAUGGGAGCAACGGGAACUGGCAAGUCCCGACUAUCAAUUGAUCUCGCCACACGUUUCCCCGCCGAAAUAAUCAACUGUGAUAAAAUUCAGGCAUACCGUGGCUUAGAAAUAACAACCAACAAGAUAACCGACGAAGAAACGCGUAACAUACCUCAUCAUCUCCUCGGAAUAAUCCACCCGAACGAAGAUUUCACCGCUAAUAACUUUUGCAGCAUGGCCUCAACUGCGGUCAGAUCCAUAACAACACGUUCCAUGCUCCCCAUCAUCGCUGGAGGAUCAAAUAACUAUAUUGAAGCCCUAAUUAGCGACCAAGAAAACCAAUUUCAUUCCAAAUACGAUUGUUGUUUCAUAUGGGUAGAUGUGUCCUUGCCCGUUCUUCAUUCCUUCGUGUCCAAACGAGUGGACACGAUGGUCGAGAAGGGAAUGGUCGAGGAAGUGAGAAACAUGUUUGACCCAAGGGCAGACUAUUCAAUUGGAAUAAGGAGGGCGAUUGGCGUGCCCGAGUUCGAUACAUAUUUCAGGAUGGAACAUUCUCUUGAUCACGAUGAAGAAACCAAAAUCAAGAUUCUAGAUAAAGCUAUAGCCAAUGUCAAAAGCAAUAGUUGUAAGUUGGCUAGCCAUCAGACCGACAAGAUUAAUCGGCUCAAGAAUGUUAUCGGUUGGAAGCUACACCGAAUAGAUGCCACAAAUGUUUUCAUGAAGAAAGGAAUAGAAGCGGAUGAAGAAUGGGACAAGCUUGUACUCGGACCAAGCAGCAUGAUUGUGCGCAAGUUUCUUUUCGGUUCUGGUUACAUGGUCCAUCCUGGUUUAAGACAAGCCAUGGCGGCUGCGAGAUCAGUAGAGAUGGUUAAAUAA